AUGCCUGAGAGCAGAAUUGAUCAGUCUAGAUCUAUUGCAUGGAAAUAUGACCAAAAUAAUACGCGCAGCUGGAAUAGAAUUAAAAAGUGGAAAGCAACAAUCACAGCUUGCUACAUGUCAUCUUUGAUUUCCGUUGCUGCUUCUGCCUAUUCCCAAGCGAUGGAUGGCAUUCAAGCUGAUCUGCAUUCUUCCCAACUUCUAAAAGUCAGUGGAAUUUCCUUUUUUACCUUUGCUGUUGCCAUUUUUCCCACCAUUUUGGCUCCAUUGGGCGAACAAUUUGGAAGAAGACCGGUGUACAAUAUACAAACAGUAUUAAUUUCUCGCUUCAUAUGCGGAGCUAUGGGCUCUGCAGGUUCAACGAUGGUAGGCGGAACUCUUUCGGAUAUUUGGGAACCUGAAGAGCGUCAAGUACCGAUGGCAUUAUUCGCUUUGAGCGCUUUGCUGGGCUUUUCAUGGGCAGGUGGGUUGACGUCAUGGAGAUGGAUUUUCUGGGUUGUGCUCAUUUUAGCUGCACCUUCAUUUCUUGUCAUACUUUUGUUCUUUCGGCAGGAGAGUCUAACAAGAGAAAUGCGAGAAAAAAUCCGUCAAAUGCAAAUGUCUGCCGAAGCUGAUCAGAACUCGAGCUUCGGGAGAAAUUCAAAACGUAUGCUGAAGCCUCUUUUCUUUCUGGCAACAGAGCCCAUCACUCUGAUGCUCAGCUUAUGGAUCGCAUUUGCAUGGGGAACGCUUUACCUAUUCUUAGAAUCAGUACCAAUGGUGUUCGCGCCUUAUGAUUUCACACACGAUAACAAGUCGCGCGGCCUCUCGUUCGCAGGCAUUGGCAUUGGCGCAUUGAUAGGCUUCGCUCUGCAUAUACUUAUCUUACGUACGCGAAAACCGGUCACAAAGCCUGAACAACGAUUAUUUGAAGCAUGUGUCGGGGCAAUAGUAUUUCCGCCUGACAAAAUUCAUUGGAUUCUUCCUCAAAUUGGAACAUCCGUCAUCAUGAUUGGAUUAUUUCUGGUUUAUAUUUGCGUAUUUGAUUACUUUGCAGAUUGCUAUGGCUCAUACACAUCUUCUGCCACUGCCGCUCAAAGUUUAUUGCGCAACAUCCUUGCAACAGCACUCCCUCUCAUUGCCGACAAAAUGUAUCAUACUCUUACAUUUCCGUGGGCGUCAUCUUUGUUGGGUUUUUGUGCACUGGUGCUUGCGUCUGCGCCCUAUCUACUUCUGUGGAAAGGAAAAUUGUUGCGGGAACGUUCGCUUUUUGCCUCCAACCAACUAGGAUGCCUAUAA